GCAGUACGCAGCGCGUCAGUUCGUGAAGAUCUGCAGCCGCGGAAGGUUGCGAGAUUUAUUGCUCCAUCUUUUUUCGAUUUUUCUGAUCAUCUUGCAAGAAAAUGGAAAAUAACGGGCCAGAGAAUAAUUCUGAAAAUUUAGAAGAAACAGUUACUGGUCCUGAAGCAAGUUAUAAUACAGCUAUUAACACUGAAGAAUAUUCUGAAGAAGAUUUUAUUAUUGAUCGGACUCCUUCUGAAUCAGGAAGUGAAGAUGAGCUGGAUCCAAGUUCAAAAUCAGAUUAUUCAGCUCAAUCUGAUGAAGGAUCUUCAUGUUCAGUAACUUCUGAAGAUAUGCUACUGAUGCGAGGAUUUAUAAAAAAUGGUGAAAUAGAAAAUUUUUCCCAAUUUAUCUGGAAUUGCCCAGGUAUAUUUUAUUGUGGAGACUUACUUCCGACAGUGACGCAUGAAGAUGCUCAGUACAAUCUUCUUCAACUCGCAACCGUUUUAAAUUCGCCAUUAUUUUGCCAGGUCAUUUUAGACAUAUUGCAACACCCUCGUUUUGCCAGACGGUUGUUUCCAAAUAAAACAGAUGACGAGCGCUCAAAAGAAAUCACCAAAAUAAUUGACAUGUAUUUGAACUCGGGUUCAGACGAGACCGGAGAUACUCCCCUGCAUUAUGCGUCCAAAUUGGGAUAUACUGAUUGCUGCAAAAUUUUGUUGGCCAAUCCAUUAUGUAAAACACUAAUCAAUCAUUCGGGUUUUACUCCUUUGAGCUUGAUGUUUGAGAAAGAUUCUAAUCAGUUAAAGCAAGUACUUACCGAUGGCUUGCUGUAUGUACCGAUCUUUCGUUCGUACGAAGAUUUACAACCAUUUGUAGGAAGACCUACUAAUUGUAAAGAAUUAAAAUCAUUGGAAAAUUUCCAGGAUUUUGGAACGGAGCAAAUGUGCAAAAAGCAUUCACUUUAUUUUCUGAAUGCUUUUGCUGGACCAAUGUCAUCUGAAAUGGCUAACAAAUUUUACAUUACACUGAACGACCCCUCAUCGUGCUCCUUAUUCACAUAUGAAGAACUAAUGCAUAUUCAUCUAAUUAAGCAGCAAGAGCCAAACAGAGGUUUAGAGAGAAUUGGCAGAUGUCUCGCUCAAGAAAACGAACUACUGAAAAGGCAAAAUGGACAUUGGAGGAAAUUAAAACAGUUAUAAAGCAAAUCUUGGGGGAGAAGUCAAUAAAAAGUUUGGCUUUAUGGUUUUAUACUAUAAGGGCACUCUGAAAUGCUAAAUUUAAGAAAGGAGAUUUGUAGCAAUCGAUUAACACUUG